AUGGAAUUUUAUAGAGGAUUAUCUAUUGACUUUAGUCAUUUGCUGGACGAGUCUGAUGAUUAUGACGUUAUCAUUUAUGCUGGUAAAGAACCAAAUGUUAGGAAAUUCCACGCGCACACAGUUAUUUUGCGUGCGAGAUCUCCUUACUUUCGUAGAGCUUUGUCAAGAGAUUGGGCUAAAAAAGAGAACGGUUCUAUUGUUUUUCAGAAGCCGAACAUAGCACACGAAGUAUUUGAUGUUAUUUUAAAGUAUAUUUACAGCGGCACAGCCGAUUUACUCGCACAAGAAGGUGGGAUUAUCCUUAAUCUUUUGACUGCCUCUGAUGAGUUAGUUCUUCAAGAAUUGAUCAUUUAUGCACAAGAUCAUCUUAUUCAACAAAAAUCCGACUGGUUGCAAGAAAAUGUGAUACAAGUUUUGCAUACUGUUGGAUAUUUAGAAGCUUGUAAAGAUUUACAAAAUUUUUGUUUGGGUUUAAUUUGUCAGGAUCCUUAUUGGUUAUUCGAAUCAAAUAAUUUUCGUUCAUUGGAUGAAUCUGUUCUUAUACCUCUAUUAAAACGGGACGAUCUUUUAAUGGAAGAAAUUGAAAUUUGGGACCAUUUAAUUGAGUGGGGAAUUGCACAAAAUCCAACACUAAGUGAAAAUAUUUCAACAUGGUCUUCUGAUGACUUUGAAGUAUUGAAGAGUACCCUUGAACAAUGUAUACCGUUAAUUAGAUAUUUUAAUAUUGACUCUAGUGAUUAUUGGGAUAAAGUGAGACCUUUUAGUCAAAUUUUACCAAGUGAUUUGCAUGAAGUCCUCUUGCAAUAUUAUUGUAAGCGAGGUAAUAUAAAUUUAACCGAUACAAUUAUAUUACCACCAAGAAAGACUGGAAUUCAAUCAAAUAUUAUAAAAUUUAAACAUAUUUCUUUAAUAGCAAAAUGGAUUGACAGAAAGGAAGGAAGUGAAACUAAUUUAGAAAAGUCUAAAUACGAUUUUAAUAGGGUUCUUUGUGGUUCAAUUAGUGGCUUCACUGCCGCUAAUUUUCACAAGAAAUGUGAUAACCAAGGUCCAACUUUAGUUGUAAUUAAAGUAAAGGAAACCGGAGAGAUUAUUGGGGGUUAUAAUCCAAUAAGUUGGAGAGGUUUAAAUAACAAUCUAGAUGGUGGUUGGAUGUCAGCAGCAGCUCCAUCGUGGACUGUUUCAAAUCGUCAUCGUCCUUCUACUUUUGGAAGUUUUUCAAGAUCUACUUAUGAAGUAGGUCCUUAUCAAAGUACCCUUAAUAGUUUUAUAUUUUCAUUAGGUGAUGGAAAGGAUCUUUCGAAAGCAAAAAUUAGUCGAAUUCUUCAAGAUAAUAUGUCAACAGCUGUUUUUUCAUCUCCACGGCAUGGUCCUUGUUUUGGACAAAAUGAUUUACGAAUGAAUGAUAAUUUUAACGAAGCUGAAACGUGUACAUGUCAAUGUUAUGAUUAUGAAAGUGAAAUAACUGAGAACCAUAAUUUUUCUGUUGAAGAAUAUGAAGUAUUUCAAGUUGUGAAUAAAGACGGACAAGAAACUUCAAAUCAGGCUUCAACCUCACCAAUGCAACAGAUGCAUCCUCCAAGACCUGAACUUACAAAUUAUCCAACCGCUUGGGGAGAAUUCAUGCAUUUUUGA